AUGACGCUCGGCCUGGCCCUCGCGGACCCCAUGUAUACGUCGACGGGCGACCUGCAGGUCAACGGCUCGUUCACCAAGGACCUGCGCUUCUUCAGUGGCCAGAAGUCAGCCAUGCACGCGCUCCGUGCCGCCGGUGUUGGCGUCUACAUCAUCGGCGCGUCACCCGAGUUGUACACCGUUGCGGCCGGCAGUUACUUCGGACUAGGCGACAUGGUGCCCAAGGAGAACAGGUGCGGCGUGCGCUUCACGACGGACGAGGCCGAUGCUUCACUGCUGAGCGACAGGACCUGCGAGUUCUUUGGCACUACGGUGUCCGGCACCAACAACACCUAUCUCCUGCAGGGCGGGCCUAGCCGUCAGUACGUGGACCACGUCACGUGCCUGCUGGCCGAGGGAUUCAUCAAAAAUAAAAUUCGCAAGAGAGGGAAGGGCUUGAAGAGUAUCAUAUACAUCGCCGAGGUGGCCAUUAUGCUGUUACAUGAACGAACAGCUCGCUGGUAA